UCCUUUUUUAGAGCAGGCGUGCUGCGGUAACAGAGAGAGAGCAGAUCGUCACGGUGUGAAGGUCAAUGGCUAACAACAGUCUGUGAAAAUAUUAAUCAGUAACAAUUGAUCAAUGAAGCCAUCUGGUCUGAUCAGCAGCAGCAGCACUGAGAGACAAAAAAUCACCUUAGAAGCCUUUAACACUCACCUGUGAUGGGAAGGGGAGGAAGAGGAAGGCGCUUCAGUGUACCUAAGAAAAUACCUGCAAAGCAAAAAAAAAACAAAAAAGCAGUGUAGCAGAAUGAAAGUUGUUGUAGUGCCCCCAAGAGCCUGAAAUGAUCACUGCACCUAAUAACUAAGCUGUUGGAUGGAUUAAAAUGAAAAGACAGCAUUACCAUUGUGGGAAAGAAAUGCAAAGAUUGGCCUCGGGGUGGCGCCAGAUCAAAGGGUUUGUCCUCUGUAUGGUGGCCAUUUUAGGACAUUUAAGACUCUUGGAUCAACUAUGAUAAGUCUGUGUUGGACUUUGUGAGCCGUUCUUUCACAAAAUGACAACAUUAGCAUGUUAGCGCUAACCACAAUUCUGUAGUUUCAGCCACUUCAAAAUAAACUCAUACAAACCUUUAUUCUUUAUUUUAUUUUAUCAUCCACAGCCAACUGAAUUUAAACAAGCAUUUUUCUUAGACUCUUAAAAGAAUAAAACUGCAGUAAAUAAAUAAAUAAUAUGAAUUUAGUGAAAUUAUAAAUUCCAUUAGUUCCAUCAGUUUUCAUCAGUAUCUGGUAGUUUUAAUCAGGGUGAUAUGAAGCAUGGUGGCCGUGGGGGACUGGUUUUCAGCCUGGGGCCCCAGAGCAGUUUUGCCCGCCCCUGUUGGUCAGAAAACAUUCAUCCUCCUUUUCAUCAGCUGCAGCUUCAUCCUCCAGCACCUCUGUGGAGACGACACACAGACCGACAGACGGGUGGUCAGAGAGACAGUUGGAACGACCAGGCUGCCUUCACGGACCCCUCCUCCUCCUCCUCCUCCUCCUCCUCCUCCUGCUGCUGCUGCUGCUCUGAAUCACGGAAAAACACCAACAUGAAGCGUUUCUUAAUGCUCGGAUGAGAUGCGGUGAGUCCGCCUCUGAAAGGCAGCACUGAACCCCAGAAACACGCGUCAGUGUGCGGACUGAGAAGCUGCUUUCAUCUUAUUUCCUCCGCGGUGUUUCAUGUGGUUUCUCACGGUUUUGCUCGUCCCGCAUCGGCCGCCCGUCGCGGAGGCUGAGACGCAGCAGCGGACAUGUCGCCCAGGCCUCCAUCAGCCGUCUGCUCGUCUGAUCUCCAUCCGAUUUCUGCAGGAUGGAGUCGGUGUGUUGAAGGCAGGACGUGAAGCAGAGAGGCUCUAAUGUAAGAUGGAGUCGUUUCUAUCGUCCACAUGUGUGCAUCUUUAACAUUUCUGUGUUGUUUAUCUCAGGUUUUCCGGCAGGUACACGAGUGCAGUAAAAGUACAUUUACUCAAGUACUGUCCGUCAGCAGUGUGGUGGUGGAGGCCAUUAAACAGGAUCCUGAAAUGCUUCAUGUUUGAAUUCAAAUGACAGCCGAGUGUUGGACUCGGGAGCUGAUGGAGCUGACGGAGCUGAUGCUGGUCCUCAGUGUUUUUCCAUGAGGGGUUUAACUCUGAGCUGAUCUCAGCUCCUCUCUGGUGCAGCAGCGUAGCUAUGGUGUAUGCCCAGGCAUCCAACACAGUUGGUGUCAAUCCCUCGCUUUACUCUCCAUCAUUCACUUAUCAGAUGUCAUUUAACUCUUCUGAGAGGGAAAACUCCACUGUCCUGGCCACCUCACCCACGACUCCCCUCUGCAGCCUCGAGGACUCGUCCUCCUGCCAGCUGAACAGGACCUCCGUCUCCUAUGAGCUGACUUCAGGCGAGGUUGCCGUCCUGGGCCUGGUGUUUGGGGUUCUCUGGCUGGUCUCCAUCCUGGGAAAUGCUCUUGUUUGCCUGGUCAUCCACCGGAGCCGACGGACUCAGUCCACCACCAACUACUUUGUGGUGUCUAUGGCCUGUGCAGACCUGCUCACGAGCCUGGGCUGCGCACCCUUCAUCCUCCUGCAGGUCGCCUCAGGAGGAUGGCCGCUGAGCACCGCUGCCUGCAAGGCUGUCCGCUACCUGCAGCACCUCUGCCCAGGUGUGCAGGUCUACGUCCUGCUUUCCAUCUCUGUAGACCGCUUCUACACGAUCGUCUACCCUCUGAGCUUCAAGGUAUCCAGAGAGAAAGCGAAGAAGAUGAUCCUGGCCUCAUGGCUGUUUGACGCAGCCUUUGUGUCACCCUGCAUCUUCUUCUAUGGUUCAACAUCUACAGGCAACAGUCACUGUGACUUUUUCCUUCCAGACAGCUGGGGCAGUAUAGCUUAUGCAGCAGUUCAUCUCCUGUUUGGGUUUCUGGUCCCAGUGGCACUGAUCAUGUCAUUCUACCAGCGGGUGGUUCGCUACAUCUGGAGGAUCAGCGCUGAUGGUCACACGGUACGCCGGACAAUGAACAUUGUCCCACGGACUAAAGUCAAGACCAUCAAGAUGUUUCUCAUGCUUAAUUCGGUUUUCUUCCUCACCUGGACACCCUUCUUCAUCGCCCAGCUGUGGCACCCGAAGGAGUCUGAUGGACCCACGAGGCAGGGGCUGCUGUUCUUCGCAGCCAUCGCAUGGAUCUCCUUCAGCUCCACGGCGUCCAAGCCAACCCUGUACUCUGUCUACAAUGCAAACUUCAGAAGGGGCAUGAGGGAGACCUUCUGCAUGUCAUCCAUGAAAUGCUACCGCAGUAAUGCAUACACCAUCACUGCAAGCUCCCGGAUGGCCAAAAAGAACUACGUCGGGGUGGUGGACGGCUCAGUGCAAGCAAAGACCAUCUCAAAGGACUCAGUUUACAACACAUUUGACCGAGAGGCAAACGAAAAGAAGGUAGCCUGGCCCACUAAUGCCAAUCCUCCCAAUACUUUUGUCUAAGUGAAUUUGGACAGUUUAAAAACUGUGAACAUACGAAAGUGAGGUUUGACACUUUAUUCUUCAACAGCACAAUGUCAGAGUUGGCAGGUGAGUUAGCUGGAAACUGUUAGCCACGUAUUCAACCAAGACAAAAGCUCACAGACAUGUUCAGUUUGUAUAAAGGGCUUUUUUUCUCUGAUGUACACCUUCGGGCAGCCAUAUUGGAGGUUCUGAACAGUUGUGAACAGUUAGCCGUUUUUAUACUUCAGAUUUGAACUCAUUUCUGUGCCGUGAUUUGAUGCAUCAGAUUUUGUGUAUUGAUGGAGUCGUUUGUUAGCCAGCUAAUCAUAGUUUGUGGCCAUCUAUCAGUGAUCUAUUGUAAAUGUAUCAGAUCUGCAGUAAUGUAUGUGGAAGCUAACAUUAGUUGUGGCUCCUAGCCUAAUGCUAACAUUGACCUCACUGCUUUGCUGCAUUAGGAGUAGUUGUGCGCUGCCCUGAAUCUGCAGUUUGUGCAGUUUAACUGAGCUGAGUAAUGUUAAGUAACCGACACUGUAGAGUUGCAAAGAGUAACGGGAGUUUUCAGGGUUUCAGAUGUAAAAGUUCAUUUUCUUUAAACAAUGCAGCUGACUUAAAAUGCUUCAUAUUCUGUUGUGUGCUCUGCUGACCGCUGAACAUCAAGAUUACAUCAAGAAACCUGUUAAAACCAUUUAAAUUCACCUAAAAAUUCUGGAGUUCUUAAUGGAUUUGGCAGCAUUGUGUCCUCAGAUGUAAACCGUGAGGUCCAGUACAGAAGCAACACGACCAGACACGACCUGGAGGCAAAGUGGAAAAUACCUUCUCGGCUCAGUAGAGCGCAGAAGUGUCUCUGCUAGCUGCUGUUUGGGAGACUGUUUCUUCCAAGAGGUUUUCUUAAAUGUCAUGGAAAGCUGAAUGUCAUCCCUUUGGGAAGCCAGUGACUCCUAAACACAUCAGUCAGAUUAGAUAUAGCAGAGACAAAUAUCUGCACAUAGAUCAUACAAUAGCAGAAUUAUGCCUCCGUUUCUGUCCUUGUAAGGACCUCUCGGCUGCAUUGGCUCAGCAGUUGGGUUUCUAAGCUAAAUGCUGAUUUUGGAUUUGGAUUUUAGUUUCUGUUUAGGAACAAUUUUACUGCAGUACUUUUUUAUUUCAUAUUUUUUGCUUCCAAGCAUUCAUGAUAUUUUUGAACUGCAUGUUUAAGCCAACAAAGAGGAGUUCUUCAAGGACUCAGUAACUAGCAUAACAAGCUAAUUAGCUAUGUACGUGCUGGCUACAUGUGUGAAAUAUAGCAGAAAAAUGACCAUACAAAACGUCAUUUCUAAUUUCUUGAUAAGGUUUCUCAUUAAAUACACAUUCACAGCGAGCCCCAUAAAGUAGCAAAGAAACGUCGUGUGCACAACAUGUAAAGUUUCAGCCAAGCGGUGGCUUUACAGUUUGACUAUCAGAGGAAAACAUUUCACCAAACACAACAAGCUUUGCCUUUUUCUAGCUUUUUCAGAUGGUUACUAACACCAGUUCACCAGCUGAAUCACACAUAGAUGUUCUUAAAUAUAUUACAGGACUUCUCAGGACUUCAACUCUUAGGUGUCAAUGGCAAUGAAAAAAGAUUUAGGUGGGAACUCAUUUGUAGUAUUUAUCACUUUACUUAGAUGUUGAUUUCUUCUAGUGCCCAUUUGAACUUGGUAUAAAAACAGUAAGACUCUGAUGCUGCUGUGCCACAAUCUUUUCAAGGGUCUAUUAACCUUCUGCCUGCAGGAGCCCACCGACCGUGACACGCCACCGUGGCAAAAUGAAUGAAACUCAACAGGUUCUUCAUCUUUUCAGUGUGGUGGUAGAUUCGCCAACAAAGUAAGAUCUUGUCAGAUUGUUUGUCUGUCUGUCCCUUCUCAUGAAGGUGGUAGGUGCACCUUGAGGGGGCGUUUCUUCAAAACUGGCUCCAGUAUCCACUUGGACUCCAGAACGAUGGUGGUCCAAUGUCACAGUGAUCUCACAGAACAUGUUUGUGUGCACUAAUUAUGACAACAUUUCACACAAAUGUCUUACAGGUUAAAACGAUCAGAUUAUGUACAUGCUCUUAUUUUAAAGAGGAUGAACAUUUUUGCAGGUUAAUGAAGCUUCUGCAGCACCAGAGUCUGAUCAUCUGUCCAAAGAGAAUUCCCACCUGUCUCACUUUACCUGCUUGUAAAACACACUGUGUGCUGAAACUGUCUGUGAAGGUCCAUGCUUUAUUAAAUCAUGAGAUGCU